UUUUUACUUUCACUUUUCUCAGUUCAGUUCCAGCAGCCAUGAGGAGCGGUUGUGUUUUAUUACUCCUCUUUCAUCUUCUGCGAGUUACAGUGGAUAUUCGGUAUGACAGCUGUGGUUACUGGACGUUCUCUAAAGGAUUCGGACUGCCUGAAUACACAGAAAGAAGAGUUCUGAAUGAUGCUCUGAUCUACCGCCAUGACAGCAGCUUAGAGUCCAAAAUGCCUUGUCCUGAUUGGAUCACCACUGCAGAGAAAGAACAAUGGAGUAUUAUUCAUGAGCUCCUUCUUCUUUACUGUCCUUCUAUCUCCCUCAGUCCUUCAGGUUCACUGUGUGAUCAAAACUUAUACCAGGUAGCUGGCUGCUGCUCCCUGUAUCCAAAUGGAACUUACGCUACAUUUAUGAGCACCAACCUGGAGAAACUGGAAUCUACAGCUUCCCAGGUUCUCCCAGACAAGACCAACAUUGAGACAGUUGUAGAUGCUGUUCCUCAGGCUCUCCCAUACAAGACCAACAUCGAGACAGUUGUAGAUGCAGUUCCUCAGGUUUUCCCGGACACAACCAACAUGGAGACACUUGUAGCUACAGCUUCUCAGGUUCUCCAGUACAAAACCACUGACAAGACAUUUGUAGCUGCUGUUCCUCAGGCUCUCCCAUACAAGACCAACAUCGAGACAGUUGUAGCUGCUGUUCCUCAGGCUCUCCCAUACAAGACCAACAUCGAGACAGUUGUAGCUGCUGUUCCUCAGGCUCUCCCAUACAAGACCAACAUCGAGACAGUUGUAGCUGCUGUUCCUCAGGCUCUCCCAUACAAGACCAACAUCGAGACAGUUGUAGCUGCUGUUCCUCAGGCUCUCCCAUACAAGACCAACAUCGAGACAGUUGUAGCUGCUGUUCCUCAGGCUCUCCCAUACAAGACCAACAUCGAGACAGUUGUAGCUGCUGUUCCUCAGGCUCUCCCAUACAAGACCAACAUCGAGACAGUUGUAGCUGCUGUUCCUCAGGCUCUCCCGUACAAGGCUCGUAGAGAGAGCGAGCCAUUGGCUGUAGACGAGGCAGCAGCAUCCAAUGAGAAAACCAGUCUGGAACAGCUGGAGAUGUUGAAGCAAACUCCAGGCAUCCACAGCAGAACAGAUAUUCGGUAUGACAGCUGUGCUCACUGGACGUACUCUAAAGGAUACGGGUUGCCCGAAUACACAGAAAGAAGAGUUCUGAAUGAUGUCACUGUCUAUUACCAUGUCAGCAGACAGAAGUCCAAAAUGCCUUGUCCUGAUUGGAUCAACACCACUGCAGAAAAAGAACUAUGGGGUACUAUUCAUGACUGGACAGACCAUAACAUAGAGAUUACUACUCUUGGUUUUCAGACAGCUACUCAGCAGUUCAACCUGACAGGUUCACUGUCUGACCGAAACAUUUACCAAGUAACUGGCUGCUGCUCUCUGUAUCCGAAUGGGACUUACACCGCAUUUAUGAACCACGCAUUCAACGGCAAGGACUUCACAAGUUUCGACAUCAACACCAAGACAUUUGUAGCCGCAGUUCCUCAGGCUGUCCGGUACAAGAUUCUGCGAGAGAGUCAGCCGCUGACUAUAGACGAGGUCGCAGAAUUCUACAAGAAAACCUGUCUGGAACGACUGAAGAUGUUCAAGCAAGCUCCAGAAAUCCACAGGAGAAAAGAUCCAAACGUUUGGAUUUUACAGCAGAAGAAGAAGUCUGGUUCUGUUACAGUCACGUGUCAUGUGACGGGGUUUUACCCCCGGGAGGUUCAGGUGAUCUGGCUCGGUCCAGAUCUUCAGCCUGUGGAUGAAGAAGUUACUGAGAUCUUACCCAAUGGUGAUGGAACCUACCAGACCAGAAAGAGUGUGAUAGUUCCAGAGGAGGAUGUAGGAAAACAGAACUACAGCUGUGUAGUUCUGCAUAUCAGUGUACCCAACAACAUCACCACAGUCUGGGUUGUGAAGACUCGCAGCUGGAUUUUUGUUUGGGCAGCACUUGUUUUCUUACUGGUGGUGAUGGUGGUGAUUGGUGGAUUUGUUUUCCGGAGAGGCUGCAAAUCGGUUGGAUCCUUACCCUCUUCUACCAUAGACGUGAACAUGACUGACUCAGAAGACUCGCUCUUUCCAAAUGCUGAAGAUGCUGUCAGCUGAACUGCACAUCAUCUCAGUUUAUCAGCGUUCAUUAUCAUCCACUUGCAAGUUUUUCUCUAAAAUAUGAUGCUACCAGGGAGAGUGAAGGCUUGCCUGUGAUUCCUCCAAGAAACCUAAGGAAGCACUUCCCUUUUUGAAAGGCUUUUAAUGCAGUGUCAUUGUGCAGCUGAUGACUCUGAAUGGUGAAAUUCUAACUGCCAGUUCUGUUGAAUCAGCUAACAAAUGCCUGCAGUGACUAAGAGCAGACUGAGUGCUGGGGGGAAGAGGAAGGGUCCUCCUACCUACAGAGAGAGAGAGCAAGGCCAGUUUUGUUCUCUUGAUCCCUGGGGGUCAAGGGUUUUACCGUACAUGUUCAUGUUGAUUUUAAACAAGCAUUAUUUAUCUACUUCAUACUACCAUUUGUCAUCAUCACUGGAAUUGAAAAAUAUGCUUAUAUGAAAACAUAUUUUAUUUUUUAUUACAAGAUAUAUGUGCAGUGUUUCUUUAAG